UGGGCUAUAUCUCUAUCUUGACAAGUAUCAACCGACCUAUCCGAUAUUACAUGUACCCACAUUUAAUCCGCGGGCCGUACAGGCGCUUUUGCUAUUUACAAUCUGCAUGAUUGGUUUAGCCUUCGUUAAAACUGAGGAAGCGGUGCGGUUUAUUUGCCAUAUAUACCCUGUACGUGCUGGCCCUGCCCCUUGCUACCGUUAGCACGCAACCGAGCUGAAUCCGAUAUUCCUUAGGCGCUCUUAGAUGAAGUUUAUAAACGUAUUAUAUCGACAACUCCCGAGAUUUCAAAUCCUGCAGCAGCCCUAAGUGAACUGAUUUUGGCGCAUCAUAUGUUAUUUCUUGUCGUUGUGACAGAGGGGAAUAUCUGUCCGACCAAAUCAGAGAUGCUCUAUAGAUACACCCUUACGGCAGCUCAAAACCUCGGUCUCUUCAGCUCCGAUAUUGCACAAAUAUCAGACGCUCUUUUCUCUAGUGUCCCUAAAGACCAUCGGAGAUGGAGCUCGUGGAGUCGAGUAGAAUCAAUGAAAAAUUUAAUCAUUGGCUUGAUACUAUACGACUGCUCGUUGUCUGGAAUCUUCUCUAUGAGUCCUAUUAUCUCAACAAACACGCUGAAGCUCGCUCUUCCCUGUGAUUUUGAUCUCUACAGUGCUCGAUCCGCCCACGACUGGAUACAGCUCGUCGAUCAAGGUUCCAGUCUUGCUGCUCCCAUGAUGAGACUGUCUUGCAACGAGAUCUGCUUACCAGAUCUCCCAUGUCAAGUGCAUAUCUCAUGCCUGUACGGGCUAAUAUCUGCCAUCCUCGUCCGGCUUACAGCAAAUUAUCAUCGGCUAAUUGUCGAUUCUGACCUGGUCCAAGAAGAUAAACACCGAUACGUACCUUGGCAGAUCUAUACCCUUGAUCGACGCGCCGCCAUGACAACCCAGCUAGUCGUACAGUUCAUUCAACUUUAUGAUACCAUCCUUCGGAACUCCAAUCCAAACUGCGUUGUCAUCUGGCAUAACCUUUGCCUACUGCUGACGGCUGACAUACGUCUCCUGGAACGAGCUGCGGGUCGUGAAGGCCCCGAAGCCAUGCAGACCGCGCGAAAUGCUAUUAGACUAUGGGCACAGACGCCCGCCGCACGACGAGCAUGCCUACACGCGGCUCAAAUCUUUCAUACGCUUUCCCACUGGAAGCCGAUGGAUGGUACGGGAUUCCAGCCUGUACGCUGUUUAUUUCACUCCGCGCUUGUACUUGCAUUAUAUACAUUGGUUAGCCCCGUGGUGAAGGAUGUGCAGGAUAGUAAUGGGUUUGAUCUUGCUAAAACAGAUAUUGACUGGAAAGCUGUUGGUGAGGAGGGUCUCACUGAUUUGCCGCAAGAUGGAGCGGCACAACUUCGAACAGAUAAUCCUACUGUGAACUUUAUUCGUUGCGGUGGACCGAUUAUUCUCUGUGGGAAGACAUAUUUCACGGGUGCUCGUCAUGCGCGGCGCCUUGUUCUGGACUUUGCGAGUCUUCUAGAUGAGGUGGGGAGGCACUGGAUGGCUAAAUAUACCCGACUUCUGUAUAAGAUACAUGAUACCUUGGUGGAUGUAAAGAUGGGUGGUAAUAUGGGCCAGAAGCUGCCGUACAUAUAGGUUUUCUGAGCACGGAGUGUUGUUAGUCAGGAUGCACAUAUCUUUGGAAGUUAGAUAUGUGAUAACAUAUUAGCUGUGCCCCAACCAUCCAAUGAGUAGCGGCCGAGUAAUGCAGGAC